AUGUCUUCACAGCCACGAACUUGGCUCAUCACGGGCACUUCCUCGGGGUUCGGCCUCGAGCUAGCCCGUAUCGCCAUCCGUCGUGGGGAUAGAGUUAUUGCGACAUCCCGUAACCCGGAGAGGAUCCCAAAGAUCGACUCGGAUCGGUUUCAUACCGCCCAGCUGGACCAGAAUCAGCCACUAAAGGAAGUCCAAGCCCGCAUGGACAAUAUCCUGGCUACGUUUGGCGGCCAAAUAGACAUCGUUGUCAAUAAUGCUGCCUACGUCCAGAAGGGCACCAUUGAAGAAUCCACACCGGAGGAAACUCUUCGACAAUUCCAGGCCAAUACCCUCGGGCCCAUGAAUGUUUACCGAGCUAUCCUUCCUCAGAUGCGUGAGAAACAAUCUGGGACGCUAGUUACCAUCGGCUCUAUGGCAGCCUGGUAUGCUAUGCCAAGCUGUAACCUCUAUAAUGCUUCGAAGGCUGCCACGAGGUGGCUUGCUCUCGGUUUGGCCGGCGAGAUUGAGCAAUUCGGAAUCCGUCAUUGCCUUGUUGAGCCAGGAUUUUUCCGUACUGGACUUCUUGAGCCUUCCGCCAAUGUCACAGACUCGACCUCCCGUAUACCUGGGUAUAAGGAAAUGAACACCACUGCGGAUCGCAACUUUGUUGCUUUUAAUGGUACUCAGCUCGGUAACCCGGUAAAAGGGGCAGAGGUUAUCUAUGAUGUGGUAACUUCUACAGGAUGUGCUCAAGGACGGGAGCUCCCUAGCUGGUUGCCUUUGGGCAGUGAUGCAUCUGUAGAGAUUGCUAAGAGCGCCAACCAGAUACUCGCAGACAUUGAGACUUGGAGGGAAAUCAGUGCCCUGAGUGAUUUUCCUGCAGGGGAGUAG